UGCUCCACAGACAGACCGACAAGGCUCGCUUUCCGUGCGCCUCUGCAGCUGCUCCUCCUCGUCGACGGAUAACACGGUCCACCCGGGUGGUUGUACACGCGGGGCGGCCUACAUUUUUUCGGUGAAGAGGUCCGGCUGAGUUUUCCAGGGCUUAGUGGGCCCGGGGCCCCCCCCCCUCCCCCAUGAUGCGGCCCAAGCGGCGGGAGCCCACGGUGCCGGUCUACCUGCUACUGCUGGCCACCUUUGCCUGCUGCUUCUGGCUACCGAUCGCCGAGGCUGUCACGUGCAAGGACUACAAAUGCGACUGCAAGGGAAUCAAAGGAGAAGUGGGCCACAUGGGUAUCCCCGGAGUGAGGGGCCCAGAGGGGGAGCCUGGAGACACGGGCCCGGACGGCCCCGAAGGCCCCAAGGGCGAAAAGGGCCAGUCCGGUGAGUUCGGACUUACGGGCGAGAAAGGACUACGGGGCGAGACAGGAGAUCAAGGAUCAUUCGGCAGAGCUGGCGAAUCGGGAAGAGCCGGGUUCACCGGGCCCAGAGGGCCUGACGGUCUCGACGGCUGCAACGGGACGGACGGCCGCCCCGGAGUUCCAGGCUAUCCCGGAGUGCACGGUGAGAGGGGCACCUACGGGCCCCCCGGAUUCAAGGGCCCGACCGGAGACGCUGGAGAGGGUGGCGUCAACACCAAAGGCGUCAAGGGAGAACGCGGCGACCGCGGCUUCGACGGCACCCAGGGGCCCCCCGGUCUGACGGGACCUACCGGCGAUACCGGCUAUCCGGGUGAAACCGGUGACAUGGGACCGUUGGGGAUGUCGGGCCUGCCAGGUUUCCAAGGCGACAAGGGCGACGACGUCAUAGGACCGAAGGGUGAGAUCGGCGAACAGGGGGAACGUGGUCUGAAAGGCUUGCCAGCCGUGGGCGACAGCACCAGGAAAAACACGACAGCUCGAGAAGGACCACCCGGGCCCAAGGGUUACAAGGGAAUGCCCGGCGAUCGCGGCCCCAGGGGCGAAAUGGGCGAGAAAGGACCGCUCGGAUAUCCAGGACGCGAUGGAUUGAAAGGUGUAAAAGGUGAACAAGGCGACGACGGGCCUCGAGGCCAGCAAGGAAUAACAGGAGUUGCUGGACCUGCGGGGGAAAAAGGAGAAGAAGGAGAUGCCGGUUACUUCGGAAAACAGGGACCUGAUGGACCAAAGGGUGAAGCAGGAGAUAUGGGAAGACAGGGUGCUCCUGGUCGGCAAGGGGCUGCAGGUGUAGUGGGCGAAUACAUUCCAGAACUCGAUGAAGUCGUCUGGGGCAGCAUUGGCAUACAGGGCGAUGUCGGGUUUCCUGGAGAGCCAGGCCCUCCAGGUAUCGACGGCGAACCCGGAAGGAUAGGGUACAUUGGACCAACAGGACUUCCUGGUCCACAGGGUCCGCCUGGAUUACCAGGACUUAGAGGAUCUUCUGUAAAAGGAGAACGUGGCGACGAUGGAAUACCCGGUCCAAUUGGUUCACAGGGACCAAUCGGUCCCCCGGGUCCAAUGGGACCGCAUGGAGAAAAAGGUCUUCCUGGUAUAACUAUUUACGGGCCACCCGGUCCAGAUGGUUUCCCAGGUAUUGAUGGUCUUGAUGGACCACCUGGAGAUCGCGGCGAACCUGGACCACCAGGUCCUAAGGGCUUCCCUGGAGUCGGCACUCCAAUAGUUGGUCCACCCGGAGAGCUGGGCCUUCCUGGCGUGCCAGGUAUUCCUGGUGCUCCUGGCAUACGAGGUAUGGAUGGUCUUACAGGACCGAAGGGCUUCAAAGGUGAUGACUGCGGCGUAUGCGAUUCAGGUGGACUUGGUGAAAAGGGUGACCAAGGGAUGCCAGGUUUCGAUGGUUUCUUCGGCGCACCUGGUUUUCCAGGCUUGCCUGGACCGCGCGGGCUCAAAGGUGUAAUUGGCAAAGAUGGACCUCCUGGAGCCCCAGGUAUACCUGGGGAAAGUGGACGACAUGGUAUUGUUGGAGUUCAAGGUCCUCCAGGUUCACCAGGUCGAGUUAUACUUCCUGAUGCAUCUCGGGAACUAUCGCCACCUGGUGAUAAAGGAGACAGGGGUUUUCCAGGACCAGAAGGGCCACCAGGUCUUCCUGGACGCCCAGGCCUUAUUGGAGAUUAUGGUUUUGAUGGCCCAAAAGGAGAAAAAGGUGAUUUCGGCCUUCCUGGUAUACCUGGAUUCGACGGCGAACCAGGUUGGGAUGGAAUGGAUGGGCUGAAAGGAGAAGCUGCAACUACUCCCAAAGAGUACCUUAAAGGCGAUCGAGGUUUUGAUGGUAUGCCAGGACGCAAAGGCGAAAGAGGUAAUCCUGGACUUAAAGGAUCCCGGGGUGAUUCUUCGCAACACGAUUUCAAACUACUGAAAGGACCAAGAGGUCCAAAGGGAUUUGUCGGAGAUGAUGGUCCCAAUGGUUCAAAAGGAGAAAUGGGAGUUCGAGGUUUUAAAGGUACUGAGGGACUACCCGGUGAAAAAGGACGUGAAGGUUUUUCAGCACAAGGACCAGAAGGCUUAAAGGGAUACCCUGGAAUACCAGGAGAUGAAGGUCCACGUGGUACUCCAGGUCUUCCGGGUAUGGAGGGUCCUGAAGGUCUUCCAGGGCUAGCUGGUCCUAAAGGUGAUCGUGGUGACAUAGCCAACAACUUUUAUUACGGUGAUCAGGGUGUUAUGGGGGUAAAAGGUGAAUACGGAGAUAUAGGUGACUCUGGGCCACCGGGAUUCGUAGGACCUCCUGGAUUGAAUGGAGAAAAAGGAAUUAAAGGCGAAAAGGGUAACAGAGGAUAUGAAGGGUAUUCAGGAAAUUCUGGAGCAAAGGGACCAAGAGGUGAUAGCAUUCAGGGUUGGAGAGGGGAACCAGGUCUACCUGGAAUUCCAGGACGUCCCGGAAUGAUGGGUGACAAAGGUUUCAAGGGAGUUGAUGGCUUACCCGGCUACGAUGGUUUGAAAGGUAUGCGUGGUGAUGUCGGCCUACCAGGUAAUCGUGGACUCGAAGGUGAUGUUGGCGCACCUGGUUUUACGGGAAUGGACGGGCACAUGGGAUUCCCGGGUGCUCCAGGUGAAGAUGGUGAAAUUGGUAUGGAAGGUGACUUAGGACCUGUUGGUUGGCCCGGACUUGAUGGGGAACCCGGAAUGAUUGGACACAAGGGUGAAAGAGGAGAUUUUGGGCUUCCAGGCCCUGAAGGUCCACUGGGACCAAAUGGAUGGAAAGGGCAAAAGGGUGAACGUGGUUUUGUAGGGUUUAAAGGAGAAAGAGGUGAAAAUUCGUUCAGUGGAAUACAAGGUGAAUUGGGUGAACCUGGUUUUGUUGGAGAGAUCGGAGCACCUGGCAUACCCGGUGUAGAUGGAAAACCUGGUCUACCUGGAGAUCCUGGACUUUCGAUAGACGGUUUUAUGGGUCUUAAAGGUCCAAGAGGAGAACCUGGCUAUGCAGGAUUUAAUGGAACAUUUGGAGAAAAAGGAGAUCAAGGUGAUUUCGGUUUGGACGGAAUUAAAGGCAUAAGAGGGGAUCAUGGCCCACCUGGUCGUAAGGGUUAUCCAGGAAUGCAUGGCCGUCCAGGAUUUAAGGGAGAACGAGGGCCUGCAGGUCCACCUGGAAUUAAUGGUCCGAAAGGAAAGAUAGGAUUAGAUGGUGAUCCUGGGCGAAUGGGACGUCCAGGUAUGCCUGGAGAUAUGGGCCCUCCGGGUUUAACUGGUCGGCCUGGUGCUCCUGGUCCAAAGGGUCUAGUAGGUGAUCCUGGGUAUCCAGGAUUUGGAAAUGCAACUGCAGGAGACGAAGGUACGCCAGGGUUGCUUGGUAUGCCAGGCAAGAAAGGAAUGAGAGGGGAGGAAGGAUACAUGGGAAUCGCGGGAAGAAAGGGUGACAGGGGAGAUUAUGGCAUGCCUGGACUGGAUGGAUUCCCAGGUUUCCCGGGUGUGAAGGGAACUAUUGGAGAUGUUGGUCCAGUAGGCCCACAAGGACCACCAGGUGAAUAUGCAGAAGCAGGAGAGCCUGGUGAGCCCGGAUUUGACGGAAUACCAGGCACCCCUGGUCAAGCUGGUCCCAAAGGAAGUCCCGGUGAUUAUGGGUUUGAUGGACCGGAUGGUAUCCAAGGAGAUCCUGGCUACAGUUGGCCAGGGCCUAAGGGAGUAAAAGGAGAUGCAGGACCGAGAGGAUACAUAGGAUAUCCUGGGGCACCUGGUUUCGAAGGCAGGCCAGGAGAAAAAGGGCGUAUGGGGCCCAAAGGUUUCCUUGGUGAUGUUGGAUUACCAAGCUCAAGCGUCAAAGGAGAACAGGGUGACUAUGGUUUUCCAGGGUUAGAUGGAAGGCCCGGAAUGAAAGGAGAGAUGGGCGAUGAGGGAUUUGCUGGUAUUAUGGGAUUACCAGGAUUGAAGGGUGAAAGAGGUGACUACGGCGAUAGCGGUCGACCUGGUCCUCAAGGCAGAAGUGGCCGUAAAGGUAUGAAAGGUGAGAUGGGCACGUAUCUCCCUGGUCCAAAGGCCGAAAAAGGAAUGAUUGGGGAUGUCGGUUUCAUGGGGCCUGAAGGUCCGCGUGGAAUGCCAGGCAUGGAGGGUGAGCCCGGUGAAGAUGGUUUACCAGGCGAACAAGGAGAAGAGGGAGAAGUUGGCCCUGCUGGUAAUCCAGGUAUCGACGGACCCGAUGGUCCCGAUGGCUCGGAAGGACCACCUGGAUUAAUGGGCCGUCCUGGACCAACAGGAGUUCCUGGACUCGCUGGAGCACCUGCGCCUCCCGGACCGGGACCGCGAAACCGAGGCUUUUAUUUUUCCCGACACUCCCAGUCAGCGAUGAUUCCCUUGUGUCCGAAAAACACGGUGAAAUUGUGGGACGGGUUCUCACUUUUGCACAUAAUGGGAAAUGGUUAUGCACACGCUCAAGAUUUAGGCGUUCCCGGGAGUUGCGUGAGAAAGUUCUCGGUGAUGCCGUUCAUGUUCUGCAACCUGAACAACGUGUGCGACUACGCGAACCGCAACGACUACAGCUACUGGCUGAGCUCGAACGAACCGAUGCCGAUGUCGAUGACACCGAUACCAUCUCGCGAGGUGGGCGCCUUCAUAUCACGGUGCUCCGUCUGCGAGGCACCUACCCGCGUAAUAGUCCUGCACAGCCAAUCCAUGGCCAUACCCGACUGCCCUGGUGGAUGGGACGAGCUCUGGACCGGAUACAGUUUUCUGAUGCACCGCGACGCAGGAGCAGCCGGCGGAGGACAACCCCUCUCGUCUCCAGGCUCGUGCCUCGAGGAGUUCAGAGCGCGACCAUUCAUAGAGUGCCGCAGCCAAGGGACCUGCAACUUCUUCUCCACGGCCGUCUCGUACUGGUUGGCCACCAUCAAGGAGCACGAAAUGUUCCGCAAGCCCCACCAGCAAACCCUCAAAACGGACCACACGUCCCGCGUGUCGCGCUGCUCCGUCUGCAUAAGACGGCGCAUCAGCGAGAACCACAACAAUCAGCACUACGUCCACGGACACCAACAGCCGUCGUACGCUUACCCGCACGCCAGACAGCCGACGGCCAGCAUACACUCCGAGAGCGAAGCGAGCAAUGAAAUCGAAGGCCCCGCGCACAGCAAUUACUACCUGCAGCAUCAGCGCAAGCAUCCGGCUGUCAACUACCCGAGCGGGAAUAGCCAGCAUAGCUACUACCCACGGGCCAGAAGGCCGAACCAAAGAGUCCCGGCGCAGCAUCUCAGGCGACACGAUAGGCACCACAAGGCGCAUCGCAAGACUGGGGAAGUCAGCGAGUAAGAUUUUUGUCAAAUCGUCAUCGUAGGUGAUCGAGAGGACGAACUUUUUCAUUGUCUUGGACGGCAUGCGAUGAUAUGCAAUGGAAAGUAAAUAAAAGGUGAAAUUGGUGGCGUUCAUUCGAAAUGAAUCGUCGCGCAUAAAUUAAAGCAGUCGGUGGAUGAUAUAGAUUUACCAAAUCAAUCGUAUCGUGCGUUGAUUUGCCAUACCAGUAGGAUAAUUUAAGUUUUUUUUUUUUUUUGUUUUUUUUUUUUUUACCAAACGUUGCCCAAAAAUGUUGCUCGACAACAACAAAAAUUUGAGGUGAGAUACGAUUUUUCCAAGCUACCCUAUUGCAUCGUAAAUUAUCGUUAAAUGUAUGUUUUGAAAAUUUGCGAGUUACAAUCGACAUGGACAAUUUAUUGAAAUAACACCAUGUCAUUAAAAUAUGUGUUUGAUUUUAAGUCGCUAUUUUUAUAUUAAGUGCAAGGCAAAAUAGCUGCUAUCAAAAAAUUUUUGUAAUAUAAUAUUAUUGUAUAUCUACCAGUUUCGUAGUUUAUAAUGAAACUUUUAAAUGUUGAUUUUCGAUUGUGUUAAGAUUAAAACAAAUUGUGCUAAGCUUUCCGAAAAUUGUACUUGAAACAUGUUCAAUUUAAUAAACGAUGAUCCCUCUUCGUACGCGACGAAUUUUUUUGAAUAAAAUAAUUAAAAAACGAAAAAUCCUAGUUAUGUACAUAAGUGAAGCCAAGUGGUGUUUUCGAUCAAAUGUAUAUUUAUAGACACACUGCCGGGCUCUGCACUCGCUAGAUAAUGAAAGAGCUGCUUGUGCUGUGCCAUACCGCGAUAAUUGUAUCCUUUUUCUCAACAACUGCCAAAUACAAAUGAUCACUCGCCGUUGUAGAGUGUCUAAUAAUUUAUGGAAAAUCAAAUUAAAACAUAAUUAUAACUUUUUUAUCGUUAAAAUAAUGUUA